CACCUCUAUCUCACUUGGUCGUUAACCAACAAACGACUCUUUCAGCAGCAGCGCCGCCUAUUGGCACACUUCCAAAUCGCUCCGCGCAUUCUCGAACCCCGUGUCUUAUCCAAAGCGCCAUCUACAGUCUCACAAGCUUGCGCCUCAGCUACAUAGCUCCAGUACCCCAACGCUGGGCAGCGUCACAUACCCCAACAUGUCUCAGCCCUGGGACUAUAUCGCCAAAAUCGUCUCUCUGGGUGACUCUGGAUGCGGUAAAUCAAGUCUAACAGUCCGCCUCUGCGAAGGCCGCUUCUCUCCACACCACGACGUAACCAUCGGCGUAGAAUUUGGCUCACGCAUCGUCUCCGUCGGUCCACCUGCCUCCCAUUCCCUCAGCAUCAACAACCCCACCAAAUCAAUACCAGAAGCACAACAACCCACCUCGCCCUCAAAACAGCAACCACAGAAGCACAUGAAGUUGUCGCUAUGGGACACUGCAGGGCAAGAGACGUAUAAAAGUAUCACACGAAGCUAUUUCAGGGGAGCAUCUGGCGCCCUCUUAGUUUUCGACAUUUCGCGAAAGAACACAUUUCUCAGCGCAACGUCGUGGCUACACGAUCUGCGCCAGAUCGCAGAGGAGGGCAUCGUAGUCGUGUUGGUCGGGAACAAGAGCGAUCUCGCCCCCUCAUCCACGGUCUCGGAUUCUGAAACGGCUGCCAAUAAACGCCAAGUCACAGUGGAAGAAGCGCAGGAAUGGUGCAAAGAGAACGGUGUAAUGCAGUACGUGGAGACGUCGGCCAAGAGCGGAGAGGGUGUCGAGAGGGCGUUUCUGGAGGUUGCUGAGAGGAUAUAUCAGAACAUUGAGGCGGGCAAGUACGAUCUGAAUGAUCGGAGGAGUGGUGUAAAGGGCCCAGGUGGGGGAGGAGGCAGGGCUGGCGGCGUGAAUCUAAAUGAUGCUAGUAAGAAGGGGAAACAGCAGGGCUGGGGGAAUUGCUGUUGAGAUGCGAAGCCAGCAAUCUAAGAUAUAGGAUUCGUGAACAUAUUUUCCUGGGUAUGCGUGCUACCUGCCCGUUUUGUUAUUCAGCCAAAAAUGGCAUUGCUCGGUGUUUAGGAGCUAUUUUAGGAUUUUCGACGUACGCAAAGUACAUAUUGUAAUAGUCAUCCCAGUUAUCUUUAAUCGACGGCGGUAUUAAAUAUGUGCAUUAUCAACUUCACGAU